UCUCUUUAAAUUUACCCAGGAGCCCCUUAAGGAGCCCCAGGGGCCCCUAGUCCGGCUCCCCACCCAGAAGACAAGCAAGAACCUUAAAAUACAUGACUGGAGGCCUCAGCUGGACCGAAGCUUUGCUGACUUUCUUUUCGCGCGCGGAUCGAGCGAUUCUAUGAAAAGUUAAGUUGGCUCGCGCGGCGGGGCGCGUGGGAGAAACCCUGGAGAGCUCGGGCUCCAGAACGAUGAGCGCGAGCCAGAUGCGUGUCGAACGGUGCCGCGCGGCGGAACGCGCUCCUGCUGUGACAUGUUGACAUGUCCCGCUCCGCCGCUUCGAGCCGCUGAGGAGGAGGAGGAGGAGGCGGAGGAGGAGGAGGGAGGAAGACGAGCUACAGCCGCAUCUAGGGCCAGGUCAGUGAUGGAAGAGGAGCCCGUGGACCUCCGCUCCUCCGAACACACCGACUUACUCUCAUUAAUAAUAAGCGGAGAGGAGGAAGCGACGCGCCAGGGGGGCGACCUGGGAGGGGAUAAUCUCGCCAAUGGCCACGGUGGAGAUGACUCUGAGGCGGGGACGGUCACACCGGUCAGAUCAACCGCCACCAGCUACUGGAGCAUCACCGAGGGCCCCAACCAGCCGCCGCUCCUCUCCCUGGCCCCCGGGCCUUCUGGACGCAAACCCCGGGUCCAGAGAGCGUCACGGUGGGGCCUCAGCAGGAUUCCCGGCCGCGAUCACCGCCGCUACUACCACGAGUACUGGCGCAGCGAAUACCUGAUGGACUUCGACCCCGAGAGGCACAGCAUGAUCUGCAUGGUGUGCGGCAGCUCGCUGGCCACCCUGAAGCUCAGCACCAUCAAGAGACACAUCCGGCAGAAACAUCCCGACUCUCUCCUGUGGAGCGCCGCGGACAAGGAGGUGAUCCGAUCCGGGUGGGAGAGCCACCUGAGCCUGGGGGGGGGUCAGAGGUCAGGUUCUGGACCUCCAGUUCAGGGAGAGGAGGCCUCCAUGGACUUUGGACCGAAUGUCGGAGGUGAGCAGAGAUUCGUCAGCCGUUUGGUUUUAGGAUCACAGAACCAAAAUCAAGGGAUUCGUUUGAUUUUAGGGUCCAGAAAAACACCAAUUAGAGUGUUUUUAAUUGAAACGAUUGAUCUAAGCAAUGUGAUUUACAUCUAUAUUCAACCUCCUAACUCCCAAGGCCUUCAUUUUGACGGUUCUAAGAGUUCCGCAGUCACUCUGCUGCACCCCUCCAAAAUUGUAGAAUUAAACCGCAGUGAAUCCGUCGCCUUCAGCACAACCAAAGGAGGGAACGAGGACGCCGCCUGUGAUGUCACAGCGCCCCCGAAUGACGACGAGGGCGCGAGUGGAGAGAGGAGCAAGUCCAGCAGCUCCGGCAUGGCGGCGGCGGCGGCUCGUCACGGACAUUACCCCGGGAAGGACCAGAGGAGGAACUACCAGGCGCGCUGGCGAGUGGAGUAUCUGAUGGACUAUGACGGCAGGAGACACGGUCUGAUCUGCAUGGUGUGCGGCGCCGCUCUGGCCACGCUGAAGGUCAGCACCAUCAAGCGGCACAUCCUGCAGGUGCAUCCGCACUCCCUGCUGUACGGCGCCGAGGAGAAGGAGCGAACCGCGCUGAGCUACGGUCAGAGCGCCCUGCAGCUCCUUCACUCUGAAGACUGCUUCCCCUCCCAGGACCCCGGGGCCCCCUCCUCACCCGCACAGCUCGGCACUUAGAAACCGCCGCAGGAAGGAAACCGGAAACCUCAGAGUGAGAGUAGAGUGGGAGGAAGGUCAGAGGUCACGCCUAGAUUCACUGCUGGUUAAAGUCCAGGGACUCAUCCAGGGUCUGGAAAGCAAAACCAUAGUUAAUGUAGGAGCGAAAACCACGGUUUAUGACAUCACAGCGUCACGCCGCAGGUUGGAUCACUGGGGGGCGUUUCCUGUCCCCCGGUCCGACACGCUGCGUCCUGAGGAGGCACUUCAGCCAUUUUAUCCAGGCGUGUCAGACCCGCGAUGAAUAAUGACAGUUUGGUGUUUGGACUGAAAAAUUCAAGGCGUUCCGUUCAGGAACCGUAGUAUGGGGAUAAAUUCGAGCCAUAAAUUUGUUUAAAAAAAUUUUUUAUACUGUUGAAAAAAAUUCAACAAAGAAUGUUUGGAAUCUCAAAAAAAAAAAAAAGAUAUGAAACAGAAAACUAUUUUUAAAACAAAAAAAAAAGUAUUUAAAACUGCAAAAAAAAAUAUUAAACUCAAAAGAAAAAGUGCGUUUAGGAACCGUGAGAAGCAGAGAUUUUCAAAGCAUCAUUGAUGCUCUAUGUUUAUAUCAGAGCCGUAGAGAUAAAAGGGUUCUGACGACAAUUGGCAACAUUUCAAAGAGCCAUGCGGUUCAAUAGUUCCAUAGGAGUUAGCCGCUCACGCUAGCUUUUCUAUCUCUACGGCUCCGGUUCAUAUGUUCUGAAAUAAACACGAUUCACCUUCUUUUCUGUUUCAAACUCAUUUGCAGCUUUUGUAUUAUUGCUUUUUUUGAAGUAAAAAAAACAAAAGUUUCAUGGCCUCAAUCUAACUCCGUAAAAUCAUCCAAACAUUCAGUUUCCGUGGUUUCAUGAAGCUUCCUGGUAACAAGUGCAAAGUUUAAGUCGACUCCGUAGAGAAAGGAAUGAGUCUCUGGGCUUUAAAGCGUUUAGGGACACCGUCGGAUAUUUAUUUGCGUUUUUCUGGGACUCGGCUCUGGUCUAAGCCCCGAGUCUUUUCUCAGGGAGCUAGAAACCGAGUGACACGACGAGACCUGAGGGAGUUUUUUUUAGCACUUUGUCCCAAAAAGAUCCACCUUAGCGGCGCAGAGGCGGUGAAAUGAAGUUAUUGCUGAAGACAAUGAGCGGAGCGUGCAGCCGGGGACACGGAGGACUGCAGGACACGGCGUCCUCGUCGUUUACAGGUGGAUGAGGACAGCCUGCAUCCUUCCCAUCAGCCGACUCCUACCUUAACGCUGCGCAAAAAUGUGUAGAUAGAUAAAGUUGGUUGUUUUUUUUUUUUUGUACGAGCACUUUUUGCCUCCUGGUUUUUACUAAAUCUGUUUGUAAGCGAUUCCAGUUUUCUACGUUCUCGGGAAUCGAACCAUGAAGGCGUUUCUAACAGCUUGUCGGGUUUCUGAGUUCACUUUUCUUCAGCUUCUUUCUGCUUUUUUUCCUCAUUCAUUGUACGAAGCUUAUGCAAAGUAAAAGCUCUGCCAUAGGAUGUCGCUUCCUCUUCUUUUUUUGCACUGCAAAACCUAAUCUAUUAUCUAUUGUUUCAUAAAAUACGUGUAUUCGCUUUCAUUUGAGCAGGUAAAUGAGAUGAUCGAACAAUAUACGGAGUAUUUGUGUCCUUAAAAAGAAAUUACAUGAUAUUUAUGGAGUGAAUUUUGUUCCAUUAUUGUGUGCUAAAUUAAAAUGACAAGAAAAAAAAAACAUUUUUUU